AUGUGCGGGCAGCCCCAACAGCGCGCACUUAGUGCCACCGGCGAUCGUGUCUCUCAGCCUCAGCCCCAGCCCCGGCUGAGCGUGACGUUCUCGCGCACGGUCGAGGAGUAUCUGCGUAAAAAGCAGCUGGGCGACGACCCGAUGGCGCGUGUGCUCGGCCCGUUUGCGCUCCGCUGCAUGAAGUGCAAGGGCGAGGUGAUGCUGUCCUCCAAGGGCGUGCCGUUUGAUCCCAAGCACUGGAUCAAGCACCGGGCGCGGUGCAUCGAAGAAAAGAUUGUAAAACCGAGAGGUAGGCCCAAGAAGAGACGCGUAGAGGAGUUAUCCGUCGACGAGGCAGCUCCGGCGUCGACGGUGGGCGCGCCGGUCGAACUCAGCGACAGCCUAAGUUCGAAGAAGCAGAGAUGCGAUGCCACCACGUCCGCGCCGUCCUGUUGGGCGAGGGAGCGACAGUGUGAAGAUCUCUCGCGGUGGCAGUCUUGGGAUUGGGAAGAGCUACGAUAUCCCGUCUGGGCAUACAAGGACCUAGCAUGCAAUCAAGAGGACAUUAUGGAGCUAGCAGUCGACGGAUUGCCAGAAAUUGCCGUUACGAACGACAAGAAAUCAUCGGAAUAA